CGGCGUUUUCCCCUUUUCCGUCUUACUUUUUAUAUCUUUACUCUUCUUUCCAUCGAUUAUUAAUCAGUUAUUGUUUCUCCGUUCACCGUGUUUGGAUAUUUGUUUGUUGUCCGUCUACUCUGUUGUAUCUUUUUCAGUAGACCAAGCUUCUCCUUUCAUGGCGUCAGCUGCCACUCCCGCCAUUACCUUCUCUUCCGCUUCUCCUUUCAUGGCGUCAGCUGCCACUCCCGCCAUUACCUUCUCUUCCGCUUCUCUUUCAAACUCAAACUCUUCAAUUUUCCUCAGACCUCGUUACCAUUUUCACCUCAAACACUUGCUGAAACGGGCUAAAUUUCGGGCAAUUUGUGCCGCUCAUGUUGCCCCCUCCGAAGGCUAUUCGAUGAAUGAUUUCUUUGCGAACGACGACGUAAUCGGAAAUGGGACAGGGGAAAAGAAGUGGGAUGCCGCUCAGUAUGAAGCCCUGCUCAAAGGUGGUGAGCAGGUCACCUCUGUUCUCGAAGAAAUGGCCAAACUCUUGGAGGAUAUGAACAUGGAUGAAGCAUCUGAAGAGGUGGCAGUACAAUUGGCUGCACAAGGAGUGAUUGGCAAGAGAGUUGAUCAGAUGGAGUCAGGGUUUAUGAUGGCUCUUGAUUACAUGAUACAACUUGCUGAGAAGGACCAGGAUGAUAAGAGAAAGUCUCUCUUGGAGGUUAUCAAGGAGACUGUUUUAUCUCAUCUCACAAAAAAAUGCCCUCCUCAUGUUCAAGUUAUUGGCCUGCUUUGUCGAACUCCUCAGAAAGAGAGCAGACAUGAAUUAUUGAGGAGAGUAGCUGCAGGUGGUGGUGUGUUUCAAGGUGAGAAUGGCACAAAAGUUCAUCUUCCUGGAGCCAAUUUAAAUGACAUAGCCAACCAGGCUGAUGAUCUACUGGAGACGAUGGAAUCCCGUUCUGUCAUUCCUGAUCGAAAGCUACUGGCAAGGCUCGUCUUGAUCAGAGAAGAAGCUAGGAACAUGAUGGGAGGGGGUAUACUAGAUGAAAGAAAUGAUCGUGGUCUCAAUACGCUCCCUGAAUCAGAGGUCAACUUUUUGACUAAACUUGUCGCUCUAAGACCAGGGAAAACUGUACGUGACAUGAUAAAAAGUGUAAUGCAAGGAAAAGAUGAAGGUGCUGACAGUUCUGACAGAGAAGAUGGUGUUGUAGGUGAAAGGAUUUCUGGUGGAAUAGCAGGAAGGGCUAGUGUCACUGGUCGUAAACCAUUACCCGUGCGCCCUGGCAUGUUUCUUGAAACUGUUUCCAAGGUAUUAGGUGGCAUAUAUGCAGGAAACGUAUCUGGAGUCACAGCUCAGCAUCUAGAAUGGGUUCAUCAGAAUACGCUCCAAAUUCUUCAAGAAAUUGCAUUUUAGUUUUCCUCACAGUAUUUGCUGGAACCAAUUCUGUUAGCUGGGGAUCACUGCUUUGAGUUACCUUUUUUAAAGGUUUUUGGUAUACCAGGGGGUACACCUUUUUUUAUGUACAUAUGUCAUAUCAUUAGCAAACAGCAGUAGUUCGCUAGAAACGUAAGGCAUACUUCAAACAAUAUCUACUGUUUUCGUGUUCUCCCUUAUGUCAGAGUAAAAAUGGGAAAAUACCCUGUCAUGAUGUCUUUCUGGGCAAGUCACAAAGAUCAAGCAUGAAAUAUGUAUUUGACAGUGAAUAUCGUUAUUGAUAUUAUAAUUAGGAAAUCUGACAAUCUAUUUAAAGUAA